AUGAGCAUGUUCCGUGUUUUGCUUUUCAUAUUGCAUGUUCUGCUGCUACUGGGGACAAGUUGCCGUGCGAAGAAUAAUCACUUGUGCGCCCCUUCAUCUUGCGGCGAUGUUCGUGACAUACACUAUCCUUUUCGAUUGAAAGAUGACCCGGAAGGCUGUGGCCUCUCUGAGUAUGACCUAGCUUGUGAAAAUAAUCGCACCAUUCUAUAUCUUUAUGUAAGUCGAUAUUAUGUGAAGUCUAUUUACUAUGACAAUAAUUUCGGAGAUUAUUUCUCUGGUAAAAUCACGGUGGUUGACAAUGGAUUGCAAAAAAGUAACUGCUCAUCCCUCCCUAAUUUCCUUUUGGAGAGCCCCGACUCGUUUCCAUACUACUCGUUUCCAUACUAUAAUUAUGCUUCAUCCUCGGUGAUCUUCCUGAAGUGCUCACAGCCCGUUGCUUCUCCUUCGUAUAUCAAUACUGAACCAUGUAUUGAGGGAGCAUACCCUUCCGAUACGCCCCCUAAUAUUUCCCAAAUGAAGGUGUACUCAUACGCUAUGUAUGGGUUUGGUCUACAAGUAGGGGACAUCAAGGAUUCUUGCAACAUAACCAUGAUGACUUACUUCUCGGGUUAUAACCCGACGUGGGAAAUGGACCCUAAUAAUCGUGCGAGACCAACGUGUAAGGACCUCCCCAUCAUGAUGGCUGAAGGAUUAAAUCUCUAUUAUCAUGGACCGUCUCCGCCGCCUCCUCCGCCUCCGCCGUCUUCGUCGUCUUCGUGGUCUCCCGCUGACUUCGCCACCUUUGCCAUAUGUGCCGUCUGCGCCAUCUUCGUCGUCUGCACCGUUUGCGCCAUCUCCGUCAUCUGCGCCGUCUCCACCGUCUCCACCGUCUCCGACGUCUCCUCCAUCUCUGCCAUCUGCGUCGUAUGCACCGUCUCUGCCAUCUGCGCCAUCUGUGCAGUCUCCGCCAUCUUCCACAAUGUUUCUACGGGGGAUAUCAUGAACGGUUUUGGUCGAAUUGCCGAAUGGAAUCUCUUCUUUGUCUUGGUCCACUUCCUAGCAGCAAAAUUCAUACUUGGAGCUCUGUGUGUGUUGAUAUUUCUAAUCUUAAAGUGGAUAAGAAGGCAUCAAGCGACCGAUGCAAAUAUUGAAGAAUUCCUACGAGCUCACAAUAACUUUUUGCCCAUAAGGUACUCUUACUCGGAUGUCAAGAGGAUCACAGAAAAUUUCAAAUGCAAGUUAGGUGAGGGGGGAUAUGGCUCCGUAUAUAGAGGAAUACUUAGAAGUGGCAAUGAAGUUGCGGUUAAGAUUUUGAACAAAUCAAAAUCUAAUGGCCAAGAUUUUAUAAGUGAAGUGGCCACAAUUGGAACGAUCCACCACGUUAAUGUGGUGCAACUUGUUGGUUUUUGCUUCGAAUACUCCAAACAAGCUCUUCUCUAUGAUUUCAUGCCGAAUGGAUCUUUGGAUAAACACCUUUCCUAUAAGGAUGGUGAUGAUCCUCUUGAUUAUAAGAAAAUGUAUGAGAUCUCUCUUGGCAUAGCUAGAGGGAUAGAGUAUCUACAUCGGGGAUGUGAUAUGCAAAUUCUACAUUUUGACAUCAAGCCUCACAACAUUCUCCUAGACCGAAGUUUUACUCCAAAAGUUUCUGACUUUGGACUUGCAAGACUUUAUCCCACUGAUCGCAGUAUAGUAUCGUUAACUGCAGCAAGAGGAACCUUAGGUUAUAUGGCUCCUGAGCUAUUCUAUAAAGACAUUGGUGGCAUUUCUUACAAAGCUGAUGUUUAUAGUUUUGGGAUGUUAUUAAUGGAAAUGGCUGGUAGAAGGAGAAAUCUAAAUGCUCAUGCAGAGCGUUCAAGUCAAAUUUACUUUCCUUUGUGGGUUUAUGACCAACUCAACAAAGAAAAGGAACUUGAAAGGGCAGAUAUCAUAGAAGAGGAAAGAGAAACAACGAGGAAGAUGAUAAUUGUUGCAUUGUGGUGUAUCCAAUUGAGCCCUAAUGAUCGGCCGUCGAUGAGGAAAGUCCUAGAUAUGCUUGAAGGAGAUAUGGAUAAACUGCAACUGCCUCCAAAACCACUUUUGUAUCCAAGAGAGGCACCCAUUAAUGAUGUUGACGCUGAGAUAGAACUUGAAACAAUCUCAUCUUCGUCAAGCAAUCCAAAAUAUUGCGGAAACUCUCACUAUGAGCUAGCUUGUGAAAAUAACUGCACUAUUCUAUAUCUAUAUGCUGGCCGAUAUUAUGUGAAGUCGAUUCAUUACGAUUUUUAUAUUGACCAAAAUAACUUCUCUGGUAAUAUCACGGUGGUUGAUGAUGGACUGCAGAAGGGUAAUUGCUCAUCCCUUCCUCGUUACCCAUUGGCGUACUCCAACUUUACUAUGUCUAGUCCAUUUGAUGAAUUAUAUGGAUUUCCAUAUGGCAAUGUCACUGUGGCCUUCAUGAAGUGCUCACAACCUGUUACUUCUACUUCUUAUAUUGAUGCCAAACCAUGUAUUGAGGGCGCAUACUCUGCCGACACAACUCCUUAUUUUUCCCAAAUGAAGGUGUACUCAUACGUUGUACAUGGAGAUCUACGAGCAAGGGAUAUCAAGGACUCUUGCACCGUAACCAUGAUGGCAUUCACAGCGGAUCAAGUCUCAGGGUGGAGAGGGGAUCAGUAUGCGAGCUUACCAUACAAGGACCUCCACAGCAAGAUGGUCGAGGGAUUCACUCUCUCCUAUCCAUUCUACUAUCAGUGGAAAAAAUGGUUUCCAUGUCACUUCUUAAGUUUAUAA